CUAGCCACACGGUCGGCCGUCGAUCGAAACCGUCUGCUCUCUCUCUGUGUUCCGGGCUCCGGGUGUCUUCAGGCACCCGCUAGCACACGGAUGCCAAAGGGAUUGGGAGGCGAAACGAAACAGCAAAAUCAACCUUCCUGCCCUCCGCUUCUCUCUGAGCGAGCAGCGAAAAAAAAAAAGGAUCGCGAUCCUUGCUGGCUGCUGCUGCUGCUGCUGCUGCUUGGCCGUUCGCAUGUCGCAAUUCUUCAAUCGUCGCAUCCUAUCGCUGAACUAGCGGACAAAUUGCGCCGCACCGCAGCAGCUUCACCGUUACCGCAAGUGCCACGUCCACGAUCAACCAUCAGCAGCAGCAGCAGCAGCAGUAGCACGAAUCGCAUCGGUUUGUGGCCUGGUUUUCCAAUACUCAUCAAUGCCUAACGCCUCCGGCCAGCUGCUGUGCCAUCGACGACCAUCGGGUGACACUGCGACGACCCAGCCACGCCAGCCCGGUCGCCUCUCCUGGCUCGAGAUCCUAGACAAAGGAUAAGCCCGGAUUUAGGGCUCCCCCCUCCCACGAUAUUUUGGUGUCAUUGUGUGUGUGCGUGUGUGUGCUUUUUGUGUGCGAAUCCUAAAGCGAUCCGCAGAUCUGUAUCCCAGGUGAAUCAAAAUGGCUCCGAAAGUGCGAGAAGCGGAUCAGACGACACCACUGCUAGCACUCGAUCGUAACAACAACAACAACAACAGCAACAGCAACCAGCACACCAGCAAACAGUGCCACAACGGCAACGGUACGCUGCUAACGAUCGAGGAACGGGCGACGGUGACGGCGUCUCCCGGUGGCGACGAUGCCGAUCCGGUCGCACACCGGAAGCUGGCCAACCCGACCACCAACCUCGACACGCUGAUGCACAUGCUGAACGGGAACCUGGGCACCGGGAUUCUCGCCAUGCCGGACGCGUUCAAGAAUGCCGGCCUGUACGUCGGUUUCUUCGGUACGCUUGCGAUGGGCCUCAUCUGUACGCACUGUAUGCACCUGCUGGUGCGGUGUUCGCACGAACUGUGCCGCCGGUACGGUCGCCCCUCCCUCUCGUACGCCGACGUUGGCUACUAUGCGCUCGAUUCCGGCCCGGUACGGUUGCAACCACUGGCCGGCAGCUUCCGGCGGCUCAUCAACACCUUCCUCGUGGUGAUGCAGCUCGGGCUGUGCUGCGUUUACUUUCUGUUCGUGGCGGUGAACGUGCGCGAGCUGCUGGUGUACGCGGGCGUCACCGAGCAGGUGAGCGUGGUGACCGUGCUGGUGUGGCUGCUCGGUCCGCUCGCCCUGCUCAAUCUCGUCCGCAGCCUGAAGCUCCUCACACCGACCUCCCUCGUCGCGUCCGUCUUUGCGGUGGCCGGGCUAGCGAUAGCGUUCCUCUUCCUGCUCCAGGAUUUGCCGCACAGCGGGAGCCGUCCGCCGGUGUCCGGUUGGUCGACGCUGCCGCUCUACUUCGGCACCGUCAUGUACGCGUUCGAGGGUAUCGGUGUGGUGUUGCCGCUCGAGAACAACCUUGCCCGGCCGCGUGACUUUACCGCCUGGAACGGUGUCCUCAACACUGGCAUGACGCUCGUCGUGUGCCUCUACUCGGCGGUCGGGUUCUUCGGGUACCUCAAGUACGGUGAGGCGGCCCAGGGUAGCGUCACACUCAACCUACCGUACGAUCACGUGUUGGCCCAGCUCGUCCGGUUGCUGAUGGCGGUGGCCGUGCUCGCCUCGUACGCGCUCCAGUUCUACGUACCGAUGACGAUCCUGGCACCGGCGAUCCGGCACCGCCACCCUGGCCACCCGGAGUGUGCCGAAACCGUGCUCCGGCUGGCGUCCGUCCUGCUGACGUUCGUGCUGGCCGCUAUCAUCCCGAACCUCGGUACCUUCAUCUCGCUCGUCGGUGCCGUCUCGACGUCGACGCUUGCCCUCGUCUUUCCGCCCCUGAUCGAGCUGCUGACGGUGUGGCCGUCGCGCGCCCGGUCACCGUCACCGUCACGGUUCGGGCACCGCUGGCUCAUCCUCAAGGAUGCCCUCAUCAUCGCGUUCGGUGCGUCCGGGUUUUUCUUCGGCACUGCCAAGAGCCUCGCGAUGAUCAUCGAUGGUACACCGGACGAGCUCGGUACCGGCGGUCUCUGAUGCC